AUGAAACCACAUACAAUAGGUGAGCAGAUAAUUUUACCUGCUUGCCGUGAAAUUGUGAAAAUAUUCUUUGUAAUAGAAGCUGAACAAGAAAUAUUGAAAAUUCCUUUAUCUGAUAAUACAAUUAGUAGGCGCAUAAACGACAUGUCCGAAAUUAUUGAGCAACAAGUAUUAAAUAAGCUACGCGAUUCUCAUAUGUUUGCGCUACAAAUAGACGAAUCUACAAAUUUAAGUGGAAAAGCACAGCUUUUGGUUAUUGUACGUAUGGUAGUUGACGAUAUUAGUGAAAACUAUUUUUGUUGUAAAACAUUGCCUGGAAAAACGAAAGGUGAAGAUGUUUUAAAAGUUUUGGACGAACAUUUCGAACAUUUAUCAUCAGUAAGUUUAUCAUGGAAUAAUUGUAUUGGAAUAUGUACUGAUGAAGCACCUUCAAUGAUUGGCUCAAUUAAAGGUUUCAUUUCUUUAGUCAAGAAAAAAAAUUCAAAAAUUAUUUUUACCCACUGCUUCCUUCAUAGAGAGACCCUAAUGGUAAAAUCUUUAGUAAGUGAUUUAUAA